UGACACACACACACACACUCUCUCUCUCUCCCUCUCUCUCUUCUCCCGACACACUUCUCACUCUUCUCUCUCUCUCUCUCUCGGAGCUCGAGAGUAGUCUAAAAUCUUACAGAAGAUCCCUUUUCUUUUCGAUUUCAUUACAAUUUCAAUUUCAAUUUCAAUUUCUAGUGUUAAAUGGGAACUGGGUUUGCCCUCAUCUUUGCAGCCUUCCAGUUGCUAACAUUUCUCGGUUCUUGCCGGAGCGGCGAAGUCGGAAUAUGCUACGGCCGGAACGCCGACGACCUCCCGCCGCCGGAAAAAGCCGUACAGCUGAUCAAACAACACAACAUCAAGUUCGUACGGAUAUACGACUCCAACAUCCAAGUCCUAAAGGCUUUCGCCAACUCCGGCGUCGAGCUCAUGCUCGGAAUCCCCAACUCCGACCUCCUGCCCUUCUCCCAGUUCCAAUCAAAUGUCGACACGUGGCUCAAGAACAUCAUCCUUCCCUACUACCCCGCCGCCAAAAUCGCCUACAUUACCGUCGGUGCCGAGGUCACCGAAGCUCCCGGAAAUGUCUCUGCCAUGGUGGUUCCGGCAAUGCGCAAUGUCCUUACAUCCCUUAAGAAGGCCGGACUUCAUCGGAAAAUCAAAGUCUCGAGCACGCAUUCGUUGGGCGUCUUGUCCCGAUCGUUCCCGCCGUCCGCCGGCGCUUUCAGCAGCCGAUACGCUUCGUUCUUGAGACCAAUGUUGGAGUUUCUCGCCGAGAACGAGUCGCCAUUUAUGGCAAAUUUAUAUCCCUACUACGCAUACCGUGAUUCGUCGAGCAACAUUUCGCUCGACUACGCCCUCUUCAAGUCGUCCUCCGAGGUCAUCGAUUCGAACACGGGUUUGCUAUACACCAACAUGUUCGACGCUCAAAUCGACGCGAUUAACUUCGCGCUCAUGGCGUUGAAUUUCCGGACGAUUAGGGUAAUGGUGACCGAGACCGGAUGGCCUUCAAAAGGGUCCCCGAAGGAGACGGCUGCCACCGUCGACAACGCGCAGACGUACAACACGAAUUUGAUCCGCCAUGUUGUAAACGAUACGGGCACUCCGGCGAAGGCCGGGCAGGGAGUCGACGUCUACAUAUUCUCGUUGUUCAACGAGAAUCGGAAACCGGGUCUCGAAUCGGAGAGAAAUUGGGGCCUGUUUUUCCCCGAUCAGACGAGCGUUUACAGCCUCGACUUCACGGGGAGUGCUGUUGACGUUGCUGCGGGUUCGAACGCCACGAGCUCGAACGGGACUUGGUGCGUUGCGUCGAGCGCCGCAACCGAAGCUGAUCUUCGAAAUGGCAUCAACUGGGCUUGCGGACCGGGAAAUGUCGACUGCUCGGCGAUCCAGCCGAGCCAGCCGUGCUUCCAACCGGAUAACUUGGAAUCCCACGCAUCGUAUGCGUUCAACAGUUAUUACCAGCAGAACGGAGCCACGGACAUCGCCUGCAGCUUCGGCGGAGCCGGGAUCAGGACAAACAAAAAUCCGAGCUAUGACAAUUGCUUGUACGCGACAAAAGGGGCAAACAAAACUGCGGCAGCUAAUGCAACGGUGACGCCUUCGAAAUCUUUGUCGUCGGUAUUGAGGGCAUCCGUUUCCGUCGUCGUAUGUUGCUUAGUUUCGGCUUCCUACGUACUGCACUAAUGGCAACAUUAGCUUAAGCUUAUCCAAAUUUUGGCCAAAACCGCUCUAGCUAUGGUUGGAAUGUUAUUUGACAGGAGAAUUGAAUGAUGCCUAAAUCUACAUUCAUUCAUUCAUUAUCGCAUCGUAUCGAAAUGUCGAGCACAGGAAAAGCAGCAAAAGCCAUAUAAAAAAGAAUCCAAAUCACAACAGGAAAUGCACACCAACCGACAGUUUCUCAAAACCAGAAAAUGCAAAAGACAGCCAUUUUUCGACUUUAGGCA